AUGCUAAUUCGAGCCCACGCAAAGCAGCAGCAGUGGCAGCAGCAGUGCCAGCAGCAGCAGCAGUGGCAACAGCAGCAGCGGCUGUGUCAGCAGCAGCAGCAGAAAAGGCGGCGGCAGCGGCAACAGCAGCAGCAACAGCUGCAACGGCAGCAGGACCGAUUCGCAACAAGAAUACUAGCCGAAUCCGAUCAGGUGGCUCCCGACGCUGCAGCAGCAGCAGCUGCGGCUGCUGCAGCAGCGGGUGCUGCUGCAGGAUCAGCACUGCAGCAGCAAAGGCAGCAAGAACAACAACAACAACAGCAGCAGCUGCUGCUGCAACAGCAGCAGCAGCAGCAACAGCAGCAGCUUAGAGAUUUAGGCGGUUCAGAUGAGGACCUCUCUGCAGCCGAUGCAGCAGCUGCUGCUGCUGCUGUCCAUGUUGCAGAGCCUGCUGCUGCAGCAGAAACAGCAGCAGCAGCAGCAGCAGCAAUGAUGAGUGAGCAUAGCUGCUGCUGCAGCAGCGCAGCAGUAGCAGCAGGCUGCGGCUGCAGCAGCUGCAUACUCAGGCAUGUUAAGAGGACGGCCUUCUGCUGCAGCGAACUGCAGCAGCUGCUGCAGCAGAUUUCCUCACAGGAGCGCUGGUGGCUGUAUAUUCCUUCUAUUCCGGACUGUCUCUGCAGCAAACCUGUAUGGUUUGCUUCUCCUGGCCUAAAGGCAACUUUCUUGCGGCUGCUAGUGCAGCAGCUAAAUGGUGCUGCUGCUGCUCCUGUUGCUGCUGCUGCUCGCAGCAGCCAUAGAGAGGUGGUAGCUGUAUUAGAGAGUGCUACAAGCCAUCUUGUUGCUCUUGGUGUCCCCACUAAAUGGCCACGGGGUGUCUCUGUGCGUCUUGCUGCAUCAUGGGGCAGCAGCAGGGGAUUUUGCUGCAGCAGCAGCAGCAGCAGCAACAGCAGCAGAAGCAGUGGUAGCAGUAGUAGCAACAGCAACAGCAGCAGCAGCAGUCAUCGAGCUGCAGAGGGAUGUGCAGCAGCACUGAAGGAAAGUGCUAGCAGCAAUACAGUAGGAGGAGGUGCAGCAGCAGCAGGAGCAGCAGCAGCACCAACUGCAGCAGGAGCAGCAGCAGCAGCAGCAGCAGCAGGUGAGGGACCUGAGCUGCUGCAGGUAUCUAUUUGUCUCAUAAAGAGGGACGAUAUUCUAUCAGAAGUGUCUGCAGCAGAUCCCUUUGAGGAGCUUGCUGCUGCUAUUGCUGCUGCAGAGCAGCAGCAAAACAUUAUUACACACCGCCGUCUGCUGCAUCGUGCUUCUACAAGCAGCAGCAGAAGCAGCAGCGGGAGUCGUUCUUUAGCGCCCCAUACGGCAGCUGCAGCAAAUAGCAGCAGCAGCAGCAGCAGCAGCAGCAGCAGCAGUGUAUCUUUUAUGGAUAGCAGCAGCAGCAGCAGCAUGAAGGAUAGAUAUGGUGAUUCUCCUUCAUCUCUUGCUGCUGCAUCUGCUGCAGCAGACGUUGAUGGUGGCAGCAGCACUCGUCUAAGUGCUACAGGAACCACUGGCAACAGCAGCAGCAACAGCAGCAGCAGCAGCAGCAGCAGCAGCAGCAGCAGCAGGAGACGAGGAGGACAGGGUGGCAAGGGGGAUAGAAGACACACUUUCUUCUAUAGGAUGGCCUCAAGGGUCAUCUCUGCAGAACAAACUGCUUUUGAUUUCAGUGAGCAGCAGCAGCAGCAGCAGCAGCAGCAGCAGCAGCAGCAGCAGAUGUGCUGCUGCACCCGUUAUGUCCUAUAG